GUGUUCCUUCUCAAACCAAAGCUUUGCUAGCUCAUCCCCUUCGUACGUUCAUCUCCCUCAAAAACAAUCCCUAACACACACCAUUCCCAACUCAAUUAACCAGACCAGUUGCAACGUCACUCCCACCAAUAACAACUCAUUCUCAUAACUCAUAAAAACCCAUAUCAUCAAGGUUGAGAGAGAGAGAGAGAGAGAGAGAGAGCCAGUACGUACUGCCACUACAAUGUCUUCUAGUUUGGAGAAUCAGCACCAAGCUGGGUCUUCUUCGUCUUCAUGGAAAAGGUUCAAUGCCAACAACUCUUCUAGCUCCCCUCACUCUCUCCAAGAUCAUCAAAGUAACAAGAAGCAUAAACUAGACGUUGAUUCAUUUUGGUCAUGGGAUGAUGAUGAUGAUGAUGAUGAUGGUAAUGUUAAUCCAGAAGAUAGCGACGAAGAUAUGUUCACCGUUCCGGACGUCGAGGCUAUACCGCCUGAUGAUAAUCCCAUUAGCACUUCUACAGUCACCAACAAUAAUGCCACUAGCAAGAACAACCCUGGGGAAAUUGGCCUUUCGGGCAAACGCCGCAGAGGGCGAAACCCCGUAGAUAAGGAGUAUCGAAGACUCAAAAGCAGAUUGCUAAGGAACAGAGUGUCUGCUCAACAAGCCCGUGAAAGGAAAAAGGUUUACGUCAAUGACCUGGAAUCAAGAGCCAAGGAGUUGGAGGAUGCCAAUUCUAACUUGGAAGAAAAGAUCUCGACCCUCAUUAACGAAAACACCAUGCUUCGAAAGGUUCUUAUGAACACAAGGCCAAAGGUGGACGAAAGCAUAGAGCAAAAGCAGGAUCGAUCGGUUAAGUAAGAGCUCAGAAGCAUGAAUGAGGUGUUUGGUUUAGGAUUUUAGGUCAAUACAUAUAUUAGACAAUAUAGAGACCCUUUAGGACGAAUUGUGAAUUAGCUAGGGCCUUCAAUUCCAUCAACUGCAUAUGGUAAGUUUUUCAUCAGUUUGUAUUUUAUUUGUGAAGACUCAACAGGCUAGUGUGCUGUAAUAAUAUGAUCAUAUGGCCCCAUAUGUUUGCUUAUGGCGGACACUUAUAAGUUAUAUUUUAUUUGUCACUUUUCUAA